AGCUCCGAAGAGAGCUGCCCCUUUGCGGACUAACCCUGAGGGCGUGUUCAAUCCGUUUGCUCAGCACACAAACAGAGAGCGCACCCAGAAAAACUUUUUCCUUCACUUCUCCCAGAUGGAACAAGUACAAGCCGUCAGAUAAGGAAAAAAGACGUCAUAUUGCGUCAUAUUAAGCCAGGGUUUUGUAGGACCAACGUGCAAACAGGAGUGUGGGAGCCAGAAGGUAUGGCGGAGGAGCGGGUUGACUCAUCUCUCGAUCUGAGCCACCUGACGGAGGAGGAGCAAUCCUCCGUCCUGCAGGUCCUGCAGCGUGAUUUGGAGGUUGCAGGGGAACUGGUGCCAAUCUCCAGCCUAUCCCCAGUCAUUGGACAAGAGGAACCUUGAGCAGAUGGAGAAAAACCCAUCACGUCUGCGCCUCCUCUCCGGAGAAUGGUUCAGCGAGGUCUGCAGUAAACGUCAUAGCAGGUGGACUUCAGGCUGUGACCUUAUUCGGGCAUCCAUACGCCAUAGAAAGACAAAGAGCAGAGAUGUGAACCUGGAUGAAGUGUUCAUUGGAGAGAAGAAGGAAACUCCCUUGAACAACAUCCCCGCUGAGGCAAAGGAAAGACUGCAGGAGAAAACAGAAGAGGAAAGCGAAGGGAAUGAGGAAAAUAUGAAACCUGACUUCACUCAGGCUUUAAAUAAUACAAACAGUUCUUCUCCAUCCAAAGAGUGUGAAACGAGAAGUAACGGGCACUCAGAAGAAUCUGAGGAAGACUUAUUUGUGGGUCUCAACGGGGAUUUGGACUCUUUUAACAGCAGCCUGACGAAGCAAGAUCCAGCUUCUCUGAAAACCAGCAGCUCCAACGGCAGCCUCCAUUCGAGCUACACGCUCAGUGGAAGCAUGAUGAGUCUGUUCAGCUCGGGGGAUUUUGGAGUGGUGGAGGUGAGGGGCCGCAUCCAGUACUCGCUGGUUUACGACAAUCACAGUGAGGAGCUGCAGGUGAGAGUGUAUCGCUGCGAGGACAUCGCUUCAGCGCGCAAGAACCGUUCCGACCCAUAUGUAAAGACCUAUCUCUUGCCAGACAAGUCGAAUCACAGCAAAAAGAAGACGUCAGUCAAGAAGAAAACACUGAACCCAGUCUAUGAUCAGACGCUCAGGUAUAAACUGCGUAUCGGGGAGCUGCGCAGUCGGACUCUGAACCUCUCUGUGUGGCACGCUGAGUCUCUGGGAAGAAAUAUCUUCCUGGGGGAGGUGGAGGUGGCUCUGGGGCUGUGGGACUGGACCUGCACGCAGCCUCUGUGGCAAGAUCUGCAGCCACGGGUUUAUCUGAGUCCAGAGUCUAUCAGCAUCAGGGGGAACAUCAUGCUGUCUAUCAAAUUUGUGCCUGAGGGGUUUGAGGGUGGCGGUCUGCCUCUGACAGGAGAGGUUCACAUCUGGCUCAGAGAGGCUCAUGGUCUCCUUUCUAAGAAAGGAGGCGCUAUAGACUCCUUUAUAAGAAGCUACAUUCUCCCAGAUGUCGGUCGACAGAGCGGUCAAAAGACACAGGUGGUGAAGCACUCCGUCAGUCCAACAUACAACCACACCAUGGUCUAUGACGGCUUUCAAACCAGUGAUCUGAGGGAGGCCUGUGCUGAGCUUACAGUCUGUCAAAGAAAUGGUCUAAAGACGAACAUUCUGGGAGGGGUUCAUCUGAGCUGCGGAACAGGUCAGAGCUAUGGCGAGGCCGUCAGCUGGAUGGACUCCACAAAGGACGAAGUCGCCGUGUGGACCUCCAUGAUUGAAAACCCAAACCGCUGGAUUGAUACAACACUGCCGAUCAGAACUAACCUCAUGCAGUGGUCUGUGUGACCAGAACAUCCUGCACUCAAACACUUCAUGUUCAUGUUCAAACUGUUGUUGGACUGAUGGAAGACACCCCACCCCCACCCCCCUAUUAUUAGCACAUGUAACCUCUCUGUCAUUAUGAUAUACACCAACACUUACACUCAAACUGAAGUCAGUACUUGUGCAAUAUUCUUAAAGUGUAGGAAUAACUCGUAUGUCUGCAUUUUAACAUUUAUUUUGUUCAUUCAGUGUUGAAUCAGGUAAAAAACAUGUUUGUAUUCAAUUGUAGUUUAUUAAUUAAAUAUGAAAUGUAAUCUAUAAAUGAAGGAUUGUUCACAUUUACUAUGGCCUGAAGCAUAAAACUAAAAAUUCAGUUUUUCGUGGAUAACAGCUGACACAAAAUUUUAACAUUGUCUUCCUGCUUGUUUAAAGGUGUUUACAUUCCUGUCAAUCAUCUUUGAGCCUGUAAUUAAAGAUUUUUAUAAUA